AUGGCCAAGAAAGUUGCAGGUCUGCUCAAGUUGCAGGUCCCCGCCGGUGCCGCCAACCCGUCGCCGCCCAUCGGGCCGGCGCUCGGUCAGCGUGGCAUCAACAUCAUGGAAUUCUGCAAGGCGUUCAAUGCCGCCACGCAGGAGAUGGAAAAGAACGCGCCGAUCCCGACGACCAUCACCUACUAUCAGGACAAGUCGUUCACGUUCAAAACCAAGACCCCGCCGGCAUCGUACCUUCUCAAAAAGGCCGCCAACCUCAAGUCGGGCUCCAAGGAGCCGGGUAAGGUCAGCGCCGGAACGAUCAGCCGCGACAAGGUCAAGGAAAUCGCCGAGACCAAGAUGAAGGAUCUCAACGCCGCCGAUAUCGAAGCGGCCAUGCGCCAGAUCGAGGGCUCCGCCCGCGCGAUGGGCCUGAAGGUGGAGGGCUGA